AUGCACAGCCCGCUGGCGCUGGAUUCUGCCCAGUUUGUGGUCUCGGACAAGUCGGGACUUCAUCUGCCAAAGGUUUCCAACAAUUUUGAGAAAGGUUCAAUGGAUUCUACUACGGAGGGUUUCAAAACUGCCGUUACUGAGACUAGGGUUUCUUUAAACCUUAAAGAAACGACGGGGCAGGCUUCGAGUGUGGUUCAUGUUGAUGGCUAUGCACAAUCUUCAAGCCCUAAGAAAUCGUUCCCGACUUUGAUGAAGCCGUUGCAAGCUUUAUGGGAGGUUGAAAAGGAGUGGAAACUCAUUCCCAUGGGGAAAAGUUUUUAUUCGAUAGCGUUCUCAUGUGAGGAAGAUAAAGCGAGGGUUAAAAGCAGACCUGUUUGGGAUCUUCUUGCUGGCACGAUGAGGCUUCGGGAAUGGGUUAGAAACUUCAAUCCGUACAAGGAAGUUUCUUCGCUUUGCCAAGUUUGGACCAGGAUUUAUUAUCUCCCAUUAGAGUACUGGACUCUGGAUAUCAGCACUGGAAUUGGAAGAGCUCUUGGCACUCCGAUUAAAGUUGAUAGCGUGACUGCUCUCGGAGAAGUUGGGCACUAUGCUUGCAUCUUGAUUGAAGUUGACCUUGCUGCUAAUUUAUCGGAGGUUCUUCUAAUUGACAGUGAAGAGUGUUCAUUCUAUGUGGAAUUUGACUUUGAACAUCUACCUGCUUUUUGUUCAAAGUGCAAGCUCGCUGGGCAUUCGCUUGAUAAAUGUAAUAAAGUUAAAAAAAGGGCUGAGAGUAAACCAGAAGAUACGAGGGAGAACAGUGAGAAACAUGAGAACGAGGCAGGAAAAGAGAAUGAGGGAUUCAUCACGGUGAAUAGACAUAAUAACUGGAAGCCAAAACAACAACUUGCAAAUAUAGAGGACAAGAACACAGAGGAAGGGGCUAUAAACAGGAGAGAGUCUCCACUAAAAACUCAGAAUGCGUUUCAGAUGCUGGAUGAGGGGAAUGUGGAGUCCGAUUCGGAUGGAGAUUGUUUGAUUGAGGAGGCUCCUAUCUAUGGACCAGACCUUCUUGAUAUUGUGACGAGGAAGGUCUCUGAGGAUCCAUUGGCGGACAGCUUAAUGGUGUUGAGGGGCAAGUGA